AAAUAAUUGUAAUACAUUUGAAAAACGGUUCCAGGUUCCCGUCUAUGGAAUGGUGGCAUAUCGGGCCCCUAGUCCUCGCGGUGCUGGUCUUCCUACUGGCGGGCACCGUCAUCGAGCGACAUCUGGAGUCUGCUGUCCUGGGCUUCGUUAACCGCCACCAGCCCCAGAGCCAGGCGACAGUGGGAGUGGAAGUCUCCGAUGGGCAGGACCUGCAGCAACAGGAUGAUAGGCUGCAGCAGCAGUUGCUGAAGAGGAAGGAGGAGUUGGAACAGCAGGAAUUGUUGCUGCAGAAUCUGGAACAGCAAGAGAAGGAGGAUUUGUUGCUGCAGAAACUGGAACAGCAGGACUUGCAAAAAGAAGAGCGGAUGCAGCAGGACGAAUUGCUGCAGCAGAGGCUGUUGCAGAAGAGAGAAGAGUUAAAAAAGCAAGAACUGCACCAGAAACAGCAAAAGCAGGAGUUACGGGAACAAGAACAAGACGAAUUGCUGGACCACCAGCUGCUGCAGAAACAGAUGGAGUUUCAGAAGCUUUUAGAACAGCAGCACACUGAGACUCUGCAGGAGGUAAAGCCGAGUGAAAAGAAGAGUUUACCUAACACAAGCGUUAACCGUCAGUUGUCCGCAUCUCAAGCCGCAUGGAAGCCCAUAAUGGCCUCGACACAGCUCCUGCAAGAUCCGCAGUUGGUGCAAUCUUUACAGCAACAAGCAGUGCAGCCUAUAAAGCAGCAAUCGUUGCAACAGCUGCAAUCACAGCAACUGAAAGAGCAAGAACCAGUGCAGCAAUCGCUGCAACAGCAGCAGAGACAAGUGCAGGGGAUGAAACAGCAGUCACGGCAGCACAGUGAUUUACAGUCACCAUUGCCCUUCGUCACCGUCUCCGAAAAAAGCAUUCUGCAACCCACAAGCAAGACCACCGUAGGCAGCAAAAUUAUGGACAUGCAGUUCAGUCCAAACACCUAAUCUUCCGUAUUACCUUCCUUAUAUACCUAACCAU